AUGACGCUUUACGCGUCCUACAUGACGCCCAUCUCUGUCCAGGAUUUGCACCAAGAGGGCAACGAAGGGAAAAGGUGCUUCUUUCAGCACUUCGCCACGAGCUGGAUGGACAGCGGUGGUGAUGCCUACGACCUCACGAAUCAACAAGUGACGAGUGUGGACGAUUGCGAGCUACUGUGUUGUGAGCACGCCGAGUGUCAGUCAUUUACGUUCUGGCGCGGUCGCACUUGCUACCUGCGCGCCUCAAGCAACACCCCGCGGCCGAACGGCGACUCAUUCUCUGGUAUCCGAUUGACCUAA